CGGGACUCCCGUGGUCGCGGCCUACUCGAGGACAGCAAAGCCUGAUGGAGAAAUAUGAACGUAUUCGGGUGGUGGGGAGAGGGGCGUUCGGGUGAGAACAUCUCCGUGUCUUAAACCGGGGUUUAAAAAACCGAUUGUACACCUCUGCCGGCGCAAAAUAGACCAGAAGCUGGUGAUCCUGAAGCAGAUUCCGGUGGAGCAGAUGACCAAGGAUGAGCGACUGGCAGCGCAGAACGAAUGCCAGGUGCUGAAGCUGCUCCAUCACCCACAUGUCAUUGAGUACUAUGAGAAUUUCCUGGAGGACAAAGCCCUCAUGAUUGCCAUGGAGUAUGCCCCAGGUGGUACCUUGGCAGAAUUUAUCCACAAACGUGGCAGCUCCCUCCUGGACGAGGAGACCAUACUGCACUUCUUCGUGCAGAUCUUGCUAGCUCUGCAUCACGUCCACACCAAGCAGAUCCUCCACCGCGACCUCAAGACCCAGAACAUCCUACUGGACAAGCACCACAUGAUCGUCAAGAUCGGCGACUUCGGCAUUUCCAAGAUCCUUUGUAGCAAAAGCAAAGCCUACACGGUAGUGGGCACCCCCUGCUACAUCUCUCCAGAGCUGUGUGAGGGCAAGCCGUACAACCAGAAGAGUGACAUCUGGGCCCUGGGCUGUGUGCUGUAUGAACUUGCCAGUUUGAAGAGGGCCUUUGAAGCUGCGAACCUGCCAGCCUUAGUGCUGAAGAUCAUGAGCGGGACGUUUGCGCCCAUCUCAGACCGUUACAGCCCCGAGUUGCGGCAGCUCAUCCUCAACAUGCUCAACCUGGACCCUUCCAAGCGCCCCCCGCUGAACGAGAUCAUGGCGGAGGCCAUCUGCGUCCGGCCCCUGCUGAACCUUUACACGGAUGUGGGCAGCGUCAGGAUGCGAAGGCCUGAGAAACCCUUAGCCGCGGUGCCGUCAGUGGCUCACGGGAGGGCUGGAGGAACAGCUGUCAGCGCCAGACUCCGGGGAUCUCGAGCCCGGUCGGCCAGGCUCAGCGUUCCUCUAGCCCCAUCCGCAGUCUAUGCCUGGGGGAGCGGGAUCACCACGCCUCUCCUCCUGCCUCUGCUGAACACGGAAGUGGUGCAGGUGGCCACUGGCAGGACCCAGAAGGCAGGCGUGACCAAAUCCGGGCGGCUUAUCAUGUGGGAGCCUCCCCCAAUGGGUGCAGCUGCAGGGCCCUCGCUCCCUGGAGCCAUGGAACAGCUGCAGCCCCAGCUCGUGUGCCGUUUCCUGGAGGGCCAAUCUGGGGUGACCAUCAAACACGUUGCCUGCGGGAACCUCUUCACAGCUUGCUUGACAGACAGAGGAAUCGUCCUGACCUUCGGCAGUGGGAGCAGCGGCUGUUUGGGGCAUGAGACUUUUGUGGACGUGAUCCAGCCCAAGAUUGUGGAGGCCCUGCUGGGCUAUGAGAUCACGCAGGUCGCUUGUGGCGCUUCUCACAUCCUGGCUGUUUCCAAUGAAGGAGAAGUCUUUGCCUGGGGCAGAGGGGAGAACGGACGCCUGGGGCUGGGGACACAGGAGUCCCACAAUUCCCCACAACAAGUGGCCAUUCCCACGGAGCACGAGGCACAGAAGGUCCUUUGCGGCAUUGAUUCUUCAAUGAUCCUGACGGCAAAGAAUCAAAUUCUCGCCUGUGGAAGCAACAGGUACAACAAGCUGGGCUUGGACAGGAUCUCACCUCAGGAAGAGCCUCUUGUGGCGGACCAGGUGGAGGAAGCCCACGUUUUCAGCCCUGCCCAGUCGGCUCCCUUGUGCCAGGAGGCCAUUGUCUGGGCUGACAUUGGAACGUCCCAUUCAUCAGUUGUGACAGCCUCUGGCCAGUGCUAUACCAUUGGCAGCAACCAGCACGGUCAGUUGGGCCCCAUCCCUUGCCGUGCCAGCCGGGUGCCCUACCUGGUCGAGGGGCUCCAGGCCAUCAAAGUCAUCAUGGUGGGCUGCGGCGAUGCUUUUACGGUUGUCGUGGGAGCAGAUGGCGAAGUGUACACCUGGGGGAAGAGCGCGAGAGGACGCCUUGGAAGGAAGGACGAAGAGAUGCAGAACCCUGGCCCUGUGCAGCUGGAAGAGACCCACCCGUACGUGGUGACGUCCGUCUCCUGCUGCCAUGGAAACACUCUGCUGGCUGUGAAGCCGGCAGUGGAGGAGCCCUGCCCACCGUAAAAGGAGCAGGCAGGGUUGGGAGGCAGCAGCAAGGUCACCGUGACUCCCCCAGGCCUCAACGCCGCUUCUGUUCUCUGGGCCCUUCCGCAUGGAGCCCUGGCCUCUACCGGAUCUCAGCUGCAUUGCCCUGGGGCCGGGACCAAGCCUCUGCUUUCUGCUUUCCUUGCUUGGGGCGAAGCAGAAGAGGACAUUUCGAAUUGCUCAUGUGAAGAAAGCACGCGGAGUGCCCCAGGAGAAAGCAGUGCACUCUGGGGGAGGGACUGUCUCUGCCAAUCACUUCACAGCCUUCUCUUUUGCACGACUUCAGGAAAGGAGCAGCCAGUCCAGACUUUAUCUUUACGGCUCUCUGCCGCUGACACAGCCUCUGCGGCGUGGGCACAGAGGGAGCAGAGUGCCUGUUCUUACAUCACCGUGGGCACUGCCCAGGGUGAUUCAGUGCCCAAGUUUACAGAACUCCCGAAAGCUGGCUUUCCGGGUGUUUCUGAAUCCACAUUGCCAAAUCCUUCUUAUCUCAGCAGAGCGUCACCCUUGGCUACUUGGGAUCUUUACUGUUUUCCAAAGAGUCUCCCAGACUGACAGACCCACUGGGAUGAAUCCUAGGAUUUUUGUUUCAGGCUUAAAAUGCCAACAAAACAACAGAGCAUUUGCCAGCUCUUUCCUUGCUUGGUGUUGCGGUUGAGCAGGUGCACUCUAAUCUGAGGAACCGGGUUUGAUUCUCUGCUCUGCCACUUGAGCUGUGGAGACUUAUCUGGGGAACUCGAUUAGCUUGUGCACUCCAGCACACGCCAGCUGGGUGACC